GCGCUGCCGCUUCCGCCGCCGCCGCCGCCGCCGCAGUCCUUAGCUUCCCGGGGACAGGAAACCUUCAAGACUGAGCUGCCACGGCCGCCUCCCCGCCCGCCCCCCAUUCUACGCGCCUGCCCACACCCUCCUCCCCUCCUUCCAGCGCCUUUCGGUGGAGCACUGCAGCAUUCAGCCCGAGCUGCCGUUUUCCCCUCGCGGGGAACGCUGUGACCCCCCCGCAGGAGCGGCGGGGCGGGGUGGGGGGGCCCGGGAGAAGAUGGCGACGCCGGGAAGCGAACCCCAACCUUUCGUCCCGGCCCUUUCGGUAGCUACUCUGCACCCACUUCAUCAUCCCCACCACCACCACCACCACCACCACCAGCACCACGGAGGAGGCGGCGCCCCCGGCGGGGCGGGUGGUGGCGGCGGCGGCAGCGGGGGCUUCAACCUGCCCUUGAACCGGGGUCUGGAGCGCGCGCUUGAGGAGGCAGCUAACUCCGGGGGGCUGAACCUGAGCGCCAGGAAAUUGAAGGAAUUUCCCCGUACCGCAGCCCCCGGGCACGACCUCUCGGACACGGUGCAGGCAGAUUUAUCUAAAAACAGACUGAUCGAAGUUCCAAUGGAAUUGUGCCAUUUUGUAUCACUGGAAAUUCUUAAUCUGUAUCACAACUGUAUCAGAGUCAUUCCUGAGGCCAUCGUUAAUCUGCAGAUGCUGACUUACCUGAACUUGAGUCGAAAUCAGCUGUCCGCCCUGCCUGCCUGCCUGUGUGGUCUGCCUCUCAAAGUCUUAAUCGCAAGUAACAACAAACUUGGAUCAUUACCAGAAGAGAUAGGUCAGCUCAAACAGUUGAUGGAGUUGGAUGUCAGCUGCAACGAGAUCACAGCGUUGCCCCAGCAGAUAGGUCAGUUGAAAUCUCUACGAGAACUGAAUGUCAGAAGAAAUUACCUUAAAGUUUUACCACAAGAACUAGUAGAUCUUCCCUUGGUAAAGUUUGACUUUUCCUGCAACAAAGUGCUCGUGAUUCCAAUUUGUUUCAGAGAGAUGAAGCAGCUGCAAGUGUUACUACUUGAGAAUAACCCUCUGCAGUCUCCUCCAGCACAGAUUUGCACAAAGGGCAAAGUUCACAUAUUUAAGUAUCUGAGCAUACAAGCAUGCCAGAUUAAGACAGCUGACUCCCUUUAUCUCCACACCAUGGAGAGGCCACAUUUACACCAGCACGUGGAAGACAGCAAGAAGGAUUCUGAUUCGGGAGUUGGAAGUGAUAAUGGAGAUAAGCGAUUAUCCGCCACCGAGCCUUCUGACGAAGACGCUGUUAGCCUCAAUGUGCCAAUGUCAAAUAUCAUGGAAGAAGAACAGAUCAUAAAGGAGGACUCUUGCCAUCACCUUAGCCCCGUUAAAGGGGAAUUUCAUCAGGAAUUUCAACCGGAGCCUUCCCUUUUGGGUGACAGCACCAACUCAGGAGAAGAAAGAGACCAGUUUACUGAUAGAGCAGAUGGUCUCCAUUCGGAAUUUAUGAACUAUAAGGCAAGGGCAGAAGACUGUGAAGAGCUGUUACGGAUAGAAGAGGAUGUGCACUGGCAAACUGAGGGCAUAAUAAAUUCAUCCAAAGAUCAGGACAUGGAUAUAGCAAUGAUCGAGCAGCUGAGAGAAGCAGUAGAUUUGCUGCAAGAUCCCAAUGGAUUAAGCACAGAUAUUACAGAGAGAAGUGUUUUAAACCUAUAUCCUAUGGGAUCAGCAGAAGCCUUAGAAUUACAAGAUUCUGCACUGAAUGGUCAAAUACAGCUGGAGACAUCUCCGGUGUGUGAGGUGCAAAGUGAUCUAACAUUACAGAGUAAUGGGAGCCAGUAUUCUCCAAAUGAGAUUAGAGAGAACUCCCCUGCAGUCUCCCCUACCACAAACAGCACAGCUCCAUUUGGCCUGAAGCCUCGAUCAGACCCAGCCCUCAUUCUUCCUCCUAUCUCCUUCAACACACUUACACAGGCACAGACAUGGGACAGCUCUAGCUACAGUGUUCCAUCUGAAGGAGACAGUGACAAUGUGUUUCUAAGACCUCAGAGAAAUUUGGAAUCUAUAGACCCGCAGUUUACAAUCCGGAGGAAAAUGGAGCAGAUGAGAGAAGAGAAAGAGCUGGUGGAACAACUUCGUGAGAGCAUUGAGAUGAGAUUGAAGGUCAGUCUACACGAAGACCUGGGGGCAGCCCUCAUGGAUGGUGUUGUCCUGUGCCAUCUGGUCAACCACAUCCGCCCUCGGUCGGUUGCAAGCAUCCAUGUCCCAUCACCAGCGGUUCCUAAACUUAGCAUGGCCAAAUGCAGAAGAAAUGUGGAAAACUUUUUGGAAGCAUGCCGAAAAUUAGGAGUACCAGAGGCUGACCUCUGCUCUCCGUGUGACAUCCUGCAGUUGGAUUUUCGUCACAUUCGAAAGACUGUUGACACUCUGCUGGCACUCGGGGAGAAAGCCCCACCACCAACUUCUGCCCUCCGCUCCAGGGACCUUAUAGGCUUCUGUCUUGUCCAUAUUCUCUUUAUAGUGCUGGUCUAUAUCACUUACCACUGGAAUGCUCUGUCCGCAUAACGUCUGCACGUGCAUCCAAACGCUGUGCUCUGUCGCCCUCAACCUUUGCAGGGUCCUUCCUCCCUUUGAGCCUUUGCCUUCAAACUUCCAUCCCUGUCAUGUCUUCAGUAAUCUCUCGAGUUUUGAAGCUGAACGUUACCAAAUCAGAUUUUCCAGAAGCACAAACUUUGUAGGAUACAGUUUAGUAUAAUUCCUCUCACUUACUGAAAAACAAUGACGACUGCAAAGUGUAUGCACACCGCAUGCUUCCUCAUCCAAUAGUGCCAGCAGCAGUGCCACGCAGUUCCUCCUCUCCCUCCCGGUGAGCUGCUGCCCUGGGCAGAGGGGAGGAGGAUUCCAGGACAAGAGUGUUGAGGACAGGGAUUUAGCAUAUAGAAGUCUUUCCUUUGGGUCAGUAUUGAACUAGAAUUCUAAUUCAGGACUGGGCACUUGAGCUGUAUAGGGGCCACCUUGCAGGGGGGACAGAAAACUAACAUUUUGGCCCAACUUGAUCUAUACAAAGCUUUAAUAAUACCACUAUUGACCAAGUUGGAAAUACUAUCUGGACGUGUACACGCACACACACUGCCUUGAUGGCCAUUCGAUUGGAUUCCUCCCAAAUUUCCUAAAAAGGGAGCCGUGAAGGGCACUGGACAGUGUGGCCGCCAACUUCCACCCCAGCAAGCCCCUCUGUCCUAUGCAGAAGGGCGCUCCGGGGAAGGAAGUGUCGUUGCUGUUAGAGCCUCACGUGGAGGAGUCACUGAAACAUGUUUUUUACUGCUUAACUCCUUGUUAGGUCUUCUCUUGAGGCUCUUAGAAAAGCGUUUUCCAGAGAGAUUUCUAUUUUUAAACCAUGGAACGGAUCACGGCUUUUUUACCACAUCACAUAAUAACUGCCAGUCCAGAAUGGGAUGUAUUAGACUCUAUCCAUUUUCAAAUACAGCCAUGAGCCAUGGAACAUUCUUGGUCCUGGGACUUGGGUUAUGAUGGCGGGAGUCAAGAAGAAGAUUACUCUCAUUUUAGAAGAAUGUAGUUUCUCUAAUUAUUUGAAAUGUUCAUUUAGCCUUUGAUUUUCAAUGAUAUUAACUAGCAAACUGCUUUAUUUUUAAGUCAGCUCAAAGGAUUAUAUAGUAACUAUAUCUGCAUUUGGAGCAAUGUGAUCAGUUUGCAUUUAAAAGGAAAAAAAGAAUUUUAUCUUAGCCAGAAUGUCCCUGGAUUCAGGGGUGUCUUUGUGUAAUAUGAGAGGGCCUUGUUCCAAGGUCAAGGCAACCUCCUUAUUUUACAUGCUGUUUGCCAAAUCCUGUUUCUUAGCUUGGGGAGAUGAUGGACUUAGCUUCCUCAAGAUAAAUUUCUAGUUUAUUAAGAUGCAAACAGCUCUCAUAGAUGGCUACUAAGAAGAAAAUCUUAUUUUUCUGAACAUUUUCAUGAAUCCAGGGGACUUGAAAAUACGGAAGACCCACGUAGUUAGAAGAAUAUAUUUAUAAAGAUUCCUUGCUGCUAAGUCAGAUCAGAUUUGCUAACAGGAAGCAUUCUUUACAUGCCAGUAUCUUGAGUUAUGUGAGUUUUUUUUCCUCCUGACUUUGUGUUGAUCGGUGAAAUGCAGGGUAUGUGGAAGUUAUCUAAUUAACCUCAGUUGUAUAUGAAUAACCCACAGAUGUACUGAAUUACUUUUGGUGCUAUCUUGUACUCUUCAAUCUGUAACACAAUAAAAUCCCUUUGUACAAUGUCUAAUGAGCACCCUGAGCCAUAAAUUGCUUAAUAAACACAUUUUGGGUGAUUAUUCCAAGUUUUUAUCAGCCCAUUGAUACAUGUAUUCAUGAGCUCACAGCAUUCCCAUCCAGCUUUGCAGUGCAUUGAGGCUUCUCUUUAAUGGUCACCACUGUGGUGGUUUUUGCCUUCUUUCUGGGAAGAAAAUGGGAAAAAAAGAGAAAACUUACUGGGUUGCCACCUUAAAAUAAUAUCAAUAAAAACUGAGUAGGACACUCAUGUAAGAGUAGAUUUAAUUUUCAGUGUUGAUAUAGUUCAAUUAAAACAUGUUAAAGACAAAUUAAAAGAUGUUUAUAUUUUAAUUCUGGCAUCCAAAUUAUUCUCUGGAUGCACUUUGAUUUUUCUGUGUCAUUAAUUUGUCUGUACUCUAAUGCACUGCACUUCUUGGGAUUUAUUGGAUGAUAUUUUUUCAUUAGUAGUAUGGUAACUAGCAGAACACAAUUAAUUUAGUCCUUUAGGCAAAAAUUUGAAUGAACUGUUCUGUCCAUUGCCAAGCCAUUAAUUUCUAAUCAGAAUAUUAAGCUUCUCUGUGGUUUUUCUCCAAGGUACCCGUGCACCAGUUCAUAUGCUAACUGGAUGCCUGCAGAUGCCUGCCCUUGCCUGCCCUUGCAGCUUGACUGGGGAUACCUGGCUGACCUCCUUAGAGUCUGAGAAGUAGUCAGGGAUGUCACUGAGUGGUUUAUUGUGCUGACCAAAUCUCCUCCUCACAAGAAAGACCAUUUUUUUCAGUACUCCCUUCCAAUGUCAGAUAAAAGGAGCCAAGUAUCUGUUUACAUUUUCUUUUUGAAAUAGCCAUUUGUAUUCUCUUUCUCCAGUUUCUCCAACGGGUGGCAACUCUCCACUCAGUGUCAAGAUUUCCAAAAUUUAUGACACCUAAUUUCUAAUCAUCUUUCCUAUGUAUGGAUUUCUGGUUUGUUAUUUUUAAGGAGAGACACUUAUGAAAUGGGGCUGGUGGAAAGGGGCCCUGCAGAACUACAAUGUAUGAUAAUUGAGUAUAAAUUUCAUCAGUGAGAGUAGAUAAAUAAAGGCACUUGAUAUCCUGCUGCUAUUUGUUUAUAAGAAAUUAAAACUAGUGUGUGGUGAGCUGGGUUAUCUCUCGAAAACUCAUGUCGUUGCCUGAUUGAGUCAUAAGGAUAAAGGGUGUUUUGCCUUUGCCUGUGGGGAAAAAGUAGGGAUGAUAUUUUAAAAUUUUAAGAAACUGAAAGUUGUUUUGGAUUAGGUGAAAAAUAAUAUGAUUUUAUUUCAGGAGACUCGGUUUUUAAAAAUUAGGCUUCAUAUUUCAAAAUUAGUUCUCAAUAAACAAACAAUUUGGUAUAUAGAA